CCAGCCCCGAGCGCGUUCCCGCACUCCCGCGCCGCUGGCUGCGAGCGCUCAGAUCCUGGCCGCCGCCGCAGCCCUUUCAGGCAGGGGACAGCGUCCGGCCCUAAGCCCCGCGCCUGGUCCGGGCUCGGUUCCCGCGCCCACGCGUGUCUAGCCCCGCAAUCGCCUAUUCUCUCUCUCUCUCUCUCUCUCUCUCUCUCUCUCUCUCUCUCUCUCUCUCUCUCUCUCUCUCUCUCUCCUCUCUCACAUCACAUGUCCACCUAGACCCUGGCCAGUCAUCGGCGUCCCCUGCCUCAGUGUCCCCACCCUCCGCACCCUAAGUUGCACCCCGGCGGCCGGCGAGGGGUCGCGGACCAGGCUGGAGAUGCGAAUCCUGCAGCGCUUCCUCGUGUGCAUCCAGCUACUGUGCGUGUGUCGCCUGGAUUGGACUUAUGGAUACUACAGACAACAGAGAAAACUUGUUGAAGAGAUUGGAUGGUCCUAUACAGGAGCACUAAAUCAAAAAAACUGGGGAAAGAAAUAUCCAACAUGUAAUAGCCCAAAGCAGUCUCCUAUUAAUAUUGAUGAAGAUCUUACACAAGUCAAUGUGAAUCUUAAGAAACUGAAAUUUCAGGGAUGGGAAAAAGCAUCCUUGGAAAACACGUUCAUUCACAACACUGGGAAAACAGUGGAAAUAAAUCUCACUAAUGACUAUUAUCUCAGUGGAGGACUUUCAGAAAAGGUAUUCAAGGCAAGCAAAAUAACUUUUCACUGGGGAAAAUGCAAUGCGUCGUCGGAAGGGUCAGAGCACAGUUUGGAAGGGCAGAAGUUCCCUCUUGAGAUGCAAGUCUACUGCUUUGAUGUGGAUCGAUUUUCAAGUUUUGAGGAAGCAGUUAAAGGAAAGGGGAGGCUGAGGGCUUUAUCUGUUUUAUUUGAGGUUGGAAUGGAAGAAAAUUUGGAUUUCAAAGCCAUUAUUGAUGGAAUUGAAGGUGUUAGUCGUUUUGGGAAGCAGGCUGCCUUAGAUCCGUUCAUCCUGCAGAACCUUCUGCCCAACUCCACUGACAAGUAUUACAUUUACAACGGCUCACUGACAUCUCCUCCCUGCACAGACACCGUGGAAUGGAUUGUUUUUAAGGAUACAGUUAGCAUUUCCGAAAGCCAGCUGGCUGUAUUUUGUGAAGUUCUCACAAUGCAACAGUCUGGCUAUGUCAUGUUGAUGGAUUACUUACAAAACAAUUUCCGAGAACAACAGUACAAGUUUUCCAGGCAGGUGUUUUCCUCCUACACUGGCAAAGAAGAGAUUCACGAAGCAGUGUGCAGCUCAGAACCAGAAAAUGUGCAGGCUGACCCUGAAAACUACACCAGCCUUCUGGUCACAUGGGAAAGACCUCGAGUUGUGUAUGACACCAUGAUUGAGAAGUUUGCCGUUCUGUACCAGCCGCUGGAGGGCAACGACCAAACCAAGCAUGAGUUUUUAACAGAUGGCUAUCAGGACUUGGGCGCUAUUCUCAAUAACUUACUACCUAAUAUGAGUUACGUUCUCCAAAUAGUGGCCAUAUGCACUAAUGGCUUAUAUGGGAAGUACAGUGACCAGCUGAUAAUUGACAUGCCUACUGAGGACACUGAGCUUGAUCUAUUUCCUGAGCUAAUUGGAUCUGAAGAAAUCAUCAAGGAGGAAGAAUAUGGAAAAGAUAAUGAAGAAAACACUGGCUUGAAUCCCAGUAGAGACAGUGCCACAAAUCAAAUAAGGAAAAAGGAACCCCAGGUUACUACCACAACUCACUACAAUCACAUAGGGACUAAAUAUAACGAAGCGAAGACUAACAGAUCUCCAACAAGAGGAAAUGAAUUCUCUGCAAAGAGUGAUGUUCUCCACACAUCUCUGAAUUCUACUUCCCAACAAGUUGCUGAAUCACAUACAGAAGAACAAAUGUCCUUGCCUUCUCAGACUGUCACUAAGCUGCCACCGCAAGGUGUGGAAAGUACUUCAGCCUCCUUAAAUGAUGGAUCUAAAACUCUCUUUGUCUUCCCACAGAUGAACUUGUCUGGGACUGCAGAAUCUCUAAACAUGGUUUCCAUAACAGAGUACCAAGAGUUGUCCACUGACAUCGGUGAGGAAGAAAACUUACUGACCGAUUUCAGGCUUGAUAGAGGAGACGAUUCUUCAGGCUCCAGCCCUGCCACCUCUCCUGUCCCUUUUUUCUCAAUGCCUGAUGCAAUCACCUACAACAUUCUGAAGCCAGGAUCUACAAAAAGUGCUUCAGAGGAUUCAGCUGCGUCAGGCUCAGAAGAGUCACUGAAGGUUCCUUCUCCUGAUGGGAGUGUGUGGUUUCCUGGUUCCACAGAUCUAACCACUCAGCCUGAGACCGGAUCUGGCAGAGAGAGCUUCCUCCAGGUUAACUCCACAGACCUACGUAUUGAUGAAUCUGGGGAGACAACUGAGUCGUUUUCUCCGGGUGCCACGGUGUCACAGGGCCCUUCAGUCACAGAUACGGAAAUGCCACACUAUUCUACCUUUGCCUACCUCCCAACCCAAGUCACACCGCAUGCUUUCACGCCGUCCUCCAGACCACUUGAUUUGGCUCCCACCCUCAACGUACUCCACUCACAGACAACUCAACCCGUAUACAAUGGUGAGACACCUCUUCAACCUCCCUACAGUAGUGAAGUCUUUCCUCUAGUCACCCCUUUGUUGCUUGACAAUCAGACCCUCAACACUACCCCUGCUGCUUCGAGUAGUGAUUCGGCCUUGCAUGCUACGCCUGUAUUUCCCAGUGUCGGUGUGUCGUUUGAAUCCACCCUGUCUUCCUAUGGCGGUGCAUCUUUGCCCCCAUUUUCCUCUGCUUCCUUCAGUAGUGAACUGUUUCGCCGUCUGCAUACGGUUUCUCACACCCUUCCACAAGUUCCUUCAGCUGCUGAGAGGGACACGCUGUCUUUGCAUGCUUCUCUGCUGGUGGCUGGGGGUGAUGUGUUGCUAGAGCCCAGCCUUGGUCAGUACUCUGCUGUGGUGUCGCAUCAGGCCACCGCUCACGCUGCUGCUUCAGAGACGCUGGAAUUUGGUAGUGAAUCCGCUGUCCUUUAUAAAGCAUCUAUGGUUUCUCAAAUCGAGUCACCCAGCAGCGAUGUCGUUAUGCAUGCUUAUUCUUCGGGGCCUGAAGCUUCCCACGCCUUUGAGGGCUUCCACCACGUGCUCACUGUUUCUUCCAGUUCUGCAAUACCUGUGCAUGAGUCUGUCGGUGUAGCCGAUCAGGGGCCCUUACGUAUCAGUCCUAGCCAUACCCUAAUGCCUGGGUCCUCACUUGUUACUCCAACUGCAUCACUACUGCAGUCUCCUACUGCCUUCUCUGGUGAUGAGGAGUGGUCUGGAGCAUCCUCCGAUAGUGAAUUGCUUUUACCUGACACAGAUGGGCUGAGAACUCUUAACAUUUCUUCACCUGUUUCUGUAGCUGAAUUUACAUUCACGACAUCUGUGUUUGGUGAUGAUGUUAAGCCGCUGUCUAGAAGUGAAGUGAUGUAUGGGAAUGAGACUGAACUGAAAGUGUCUUCUGUCAGUGAGAUGGGGUACCAUUCUGAAAGCACAGGCAUGCCAAAGAUGUCUGCUGUUGUAGAUAAGUGGGAUACAGCUUUCCAAGAAACCUCCGUUCCUACUUCUAGCAUGAAUGGCAUGUUGCCAGAGUCUCUUGCUUAUCCCUUCACUAAGGUUUUUGAUCAGGAGAUUAGUCACGUUCCAGAAAAUCACUUCCCAGUUCACCCUGCACACACUGCAUCUCAAGCACUUGGUGACACUUGGCUUAAACCCACGCUUAGCGCAAACACAGAGCCAGCCUUCUCUGACCCUGCUCCCAGUGAAGUAUUACAUCCUUCAACACAGCCCUCGCUCUCUGAGGCCGCGUCUCCUUUUAGUACUGAAGCGUUGCUGCAACCUUCCUUUCAGGCUUCUGAUGUUGACACCUUGCUUAAAACCGCUCUUCCAUCUGUGCCUAGUGCUCCAGCGUUGGCUGAAACCGCCAAGGUUGAACAAAGCAGCUCUUCCAUGGGGCAUCCCAUGGCAUCAGAGUCUGCUUGGAGCGGAAGCACGCUGCACUUUGCCUCUAAACCCGUCCUUGAUGUCUCACCUUCUAAUACGCACUCCACUUCACUUCGAGGUUUAACAGUUCCCUACACACGUGAGAAAUACUCUGAACAAGGUUUGCGUAAGAGCGCAAGUCCCCAGCAAGUGCUGUCGUCUUUGUACAGUAACGAUGAGCUGUUCCAUACUGCACAUGCGGACACUAGCCAGGCCUUUCCUCCGCAGGAGGGGCGCGCAUUUGCUACUCCUGUUAUUUCGAUUGAUGGGCCACAAAAUACACUUCUAAACAGGCUUGUGUAUUCUGAGGAAGUUUCCAUGCUCACUGAAACUUCUAGUACUGAUAAGGUACUUGCUGGCCUACCAACGCUUGUUGCUGAUGUCCUUGUGUCUACGGACCAUUCUGUUCCAUUAGGAAGUGGGUCCAUUUCCAUUUCAGCUGUUUCCCCCAGCAGAGAUGUCGCUGUGACCACAGCCAAGUUGCAUCUUCCUUCUAAGUCCACUUCUAAACUGACUCAUAGGGCCAGCUCCGAUGCUGAUUUAGUGGGAGGUGAAGGUGGCGAUGGCUAUGAUGAUGAUUAUGACGACAUAGAUAGUGAUCGCUUUCCCACAAAUAAGUGUAUGUCGUGCUCGCCCUAUAGAGAAUCACAAGAAAGGGUAACGAACGACACAGACAUCCAGGAAAAUAGUCCCGUGGAUCAGAGUGACCCAGGUUCCCAUUUGCUCCUUGAGAAUCCUGAAGAAGAAAAUGGAGGUGCAGGUGUAACUAGUGUGGACAAAAGUCCUGAUAAAUCACCACCAACAGCUAUGCACCCCCAAAAGAACAAUGAGGGGAAAGAGGACAGUAACAUUCCGAUGGGCAGUGCUGUCCCUCCUCUCACCCCAGAAUCUAAAGCCUGGAGAGUUUUGACAAGCGAUGAAGAGAGUGGGUCAGGGCAAGGCACCUCAGAUAGCCUCAGUGAUAAUGAGACUCCCGCAGAUUUCAGUUUUCCAGAUGUUAACGAAAAGGAUGCUGAUGGUGUCCUGGAAACAGACGACACAGGCAUAGCUCCUGGAUCUCCACGGUCCUCCACACCAUCUGUUAAUAGUGGGCACUCAGAAGUAUCCAACAGUUCAGAGGCAGGUUAGUUAUGAGCAGAGGGAUAGAUCGAGAUGUGCUAAUUUUCUUGCUAUGAAAGUAAAAUAGAAGAAUCAUGGAAGAAAAGAUCACCAUCAGAUCUUCACUUUUAAUCAAAACACUCGACAAAUCAAUUUAAAGCUCCUAAGGACAUCGUUAUACUUAUAUGAAUAUUCAACAUAUUUUGGCCCUUGAUUUAAUUAUCUUCAUCAAUACAAUUUUUAUGUUUUGUUACUAAUUCUUAUCCUACAGGUUUCAAUUGUGUGUAGAAUCAAUUAUGUGUUCAUAAUACACCAUUAGUACAUUACAAUGCAGUGUGCUGUGUUUAGACAAUUUACAUGUUCACAUUUGUUUCUUAAAAUAACUUGUAAACUAAUCCUUUUGGAUUUAAGAAUCUCAGUAAUAUGCUAUAAGCACCUGUGCACCAAUGGAAAGCAAGGAGACACUUCACAUGUCCUCAGUAGCUGGGAGAGCUUCUAAAAAGAGUCACAAGGUUUAAUAGUUAAGCAAGAUCUUUAUAAACAUAUUGUUAUAAAAGUAUCUUUCUUUGAGUUUCUUUCUGUCACCUAAAGAGGGCAGUAUAAACCAGUGAAAUACAUCCUACUUUGUGUUUGUUAAAAUAUUUGUCAUUCCUACUUAAAUAAUAGACAUGAAUAUGCAUACUACAUAUAGGUAUUGUGUGACAAGAUGUAAAAAAAAAAAAACCUGGAACAUUUUCUGUAGAGAUGCAUUUCAUUGUUAAUAUAUUUUAUGCAAAUUGGUUUGUUAGCCAGAUGUUUCUUGGAGCAGAUUGCAAUAUACCAUACAGAUGUGUGCUUUAAAUGUCAAUGGUAACAAAACUCAAGUUUAAUUUCAUUAGGCAUAUGAAUAACUAGGUAAUUCCACAGACUUCAUGAUAAAAAAUAUAAUUCGCUUUGAUUAAUUGAUGAGGUAUUUUUUUUUAAUUUUCAGUAAAAGCAUUUAAACCUUAGCAGGUCAAAAGAUAAUCUAAUGUAAUAUUGGGUAAUAAUUGCGUAGAAUUUAAUGUUUAAAAUUCAGAGUAUAGAACCAAUGUCAUUAAAAUAUGUUUGCUUUUAGUUAUUUUCAUCAUUCAAGUGAGUUGUUUAUUCUUUAGUAUGGAAGCAAAUAAGAAUUUAUAUAUUUACAUAGGGAAGUUCCUUUUUCCUGUAUUCUGACUCGAUGUCCAUUUAACAUGGCUUUCAGCCUCAGUGUAUGAACUGAUGUGUGAGAGAGAAUGGUGAGUCCAUAGGUCGUUGUAGUCAGUAGUAUUGUUUAGCUAUAGGCAAAUUGUUAUCGUCCUCAAUUAUAGAGCUUGCUUUUCUUUUUACAUCUCUAGAUUUAUUUUAAAGGGAAAGAUCCUGAGUCAAUCUAUUUUUCUUCUUUGCAAGAUUAUACUCUUAUGGAAAGGCCACUUAAACACAUAUAUAAUAAAACACUACAUCUAGAAUUAUUGAAGGAAACCAUUUCUCUUAGACACACUAAUGUGAUUUAUUUAGCUGUUAAGAAUAAGCUCCCCAAAUAACAAAGACAAAGCAAUAUGAAUAUAACAUCCAUCAUCAUGAAAUACUAUUAAUGAGGAGUGAAGAUCAAAUAAGACUGGGGGAAACUGGCAUUUUUAAAACUGUAUCUGUAAAACUAAUGGAGAGUUUGUCUUAUCCAAUUAUUGAAUAUUCCCUAGUCUGAAACUUAGCAUUUAUGGUACUUAAGAUGUAGAAAAAUUUACAUAAUAUUUCUUAAUAUAAAUAGGGCGUGUGUAUGUGUGUGUUGUGUGCAAACACGGACUAAAAGAUACUUGAUCUAGGUCACGUAAAGAGUCAAUACAAAACUAACCCUGAAAAUGUAUUAUUAGUGUCUCUCAUAGAAAAUGCUUAUAUGAAAGAGAACAAUAAAAUAUAUAUUAUGCUUAAAUUUUCACACCAAAGUUAUAUUGUUUUAUUCGCAGCCCCUUAAAAUGUCAACCUUAUUCUUUAAUGUAUAACUGAAUUACUGUUAUUUAAGUAAUCUAUCUAAUAAGUUCUCUCAAAGCAAAUAUUUUAGUCUCAAGUAAAUGAAAAUAAGACAACUAAUUGUUACUCUCAGUACCACACAAAGCUGCUUGCCGACUGUCUGUAUUUUCAUAAGGUAUGCCAUCCUGUACAAAAUGCUUAGGUUU